GUCGGAUAGUAAACACGGCCGUACUCAUGCAUGACGUCACUUCCGUGAUAAACAUCACCUACUGAGAAGAGUACUGGCUGAAGCUGCCAGUGUGAACGCCUCAGCUGAGCUCAUCUGCUGCCUGGAUACCUUAUUACACUUCAGACUAAGAGAAUCAGUAUAUCUCCUUCCAAAAUGAGCCGGGACGUCCCCAUCCACAGCUGGCCCGGCUCAUAUUACAUCAACAGUGAGAAGCGGUGGGAAAACGGCACCCUUUCCCUCACCAGAACCACGGUGAGCUUCGUCUCCAGCCAGAGUAAGGAGAGUCUCGCCAGUUUCCGCCUCUCCCGCAUCAUGGAGAUUAAGAUGGAGUCGUCCAGUUUCAUCUUCAGCACCCUCACGGUGCUUGAGGAGGGCAACGUGAAGCACUGGUUUGGCUCCCUUAAGCCCAACAGGGUGGUGGUUUAUAAUGUGUUGGAGCAUUUCUGGAGAGAGCGCCUCCUGUCUCCCAGCUCAGAGGCCCGAGGGGCUGAGUGUCAGCCCUCCAAAGGCAGAGAGCUGAUAAACCUGGUGGCAGGGGCACAGAGGAGACUGGAGGACACUGGGAGAGUCCUCAGCCAUCAAGGAGAGCAGUUUGACAACAUGAUGCAGGGACUGGAGAAGAUUGACUCCGACCUGGGCGUAGCUGAUAAACUCUUGUCAGAGCUGGAGUCUCCUUCCUGGUGGCCUUUUGGUAAACUCCCCUGGAAGGCUCAGCAGGAGGCCAAGGCCGAGGAUGCUGCAAGAGCUGCAGCUACUGCUGCUGGUAAGGGGUCCGGGAAAAAUAAGGUGAUCACAAGCAUCCCGGCUGUGGUGUCCAAAGGUGGAGAUUCUGACUUGAAGCCCGGAUGUUUGUUGGUGCUGGUUUCCUCCCUGGAGGUGCGAGACACAAGCUGCCAACUGCUUCACCGCUUUGAACGGAAUGAGAUCGACGAAAUCAGGGUGCACAGUCCUUACGAGAUCACCGUUAGACAGCGGUUCAUCGGGAAGCCUGAUGUAUGCUACCGGUUCCUGUCUGCUAAGAUGCCAGAGGCGUUGUCAGUGUUGGAGAUGCAGUACAAAAAGAAGGUUGAGUUCACUGUCGAGUACACAGCUUUCAAGACAACUCCACUUUCAUCUCCAUGUGACACAGAGAGGCAAAUUGGGAAUGAAGGUUUGCUGCAGAAGUGCCAAGAGACAGAGGUCCCGCUGGAGGUCCCAGCAGGAGAUCUGUCCCAGUUGCAGGUGCAUGUCCUCCAGCCAUCUGUUAGUCAGGCUGAGGCCCAAGAACUCAAACAGAUGCUGAUGCAGCUGAAGAACCUGGCUCUGGAAGCAGAGACAGAGCUGGAACGGCAGGAUGAAGUUCUGGACGUCCUGACCAGCUCCACGGACCGAGCCACAAUGCACAUAGAAAAGCACACCUGCCGCAUGAAAAGACUGCUGUAGCUGAGACGCAUGCGGUCACCAUGUUCCUCCUGAGAAAUGCACUACAAGCUUUCUCCUUGUCCUUGCGGGAUUGGUACGGCUUGAGAACACUGACGUACAGUGCUAGGGACUUUUUCCAUAUACUCAUUAAUAGUUCAUAGGAUUUUUGUUGCAUUUGCUGGUAAUCACAUGAUGUUGGGGUCAAGUGUCAGUGAUUUCAGGGAAAUACGGUGGAACGCCUCGGCAAUGUCUGUUUAACACUAAAGAUGUUCAUUGAAGUCUGUGAAAUUUGCACAUUUAAGGUCAGGUUAUGACCUUAAAAGCAUGAGGAUUUUUUAAUACUUGUUUCUUUUAGAGAAAUGGAGUGUUGCAAGUGCACAUUUGUCAUUUUUGAUUUGAUCUUCUUUUUUAAUACUUCAUUUGAAACAAUUCAACCAUUUAGGUCUGAGAAAAGUCCACUAUCUAUAUGCAGGGUUGAGUCAAUGCUCUCCCCUUUCAAUGUGGAUCCUGCAGCCUUUAGCAACUGUGACUAGCAUUGUUAGCAUUACAUUCACAUUAGAUGCUAUUGCCUGGACACAAGUCUCAUGUUUUCACAUUUUGCCAGUAAUUACAGCAUUUCAGAUGUUUAGAAUAGUAGCUCUGGAAAUAACUGUCAUUCUGAAAACACCAUUUUCUCCAUUUUCUCUAUUUUUUGAGUUGCCAUAUCUAAAUGAAGUGCUUGAUCGCCACUUAGUUCAGAUUAUGUGGAAAGGUGUGCUCUAAAAAUGAAGAUAUAACUAUAGAGAAGGACUUGCCCUCCACUCGAUUCAGUGCCCAGUAGUGGUGCUUAUGGUUUGUCCUAUUAAACACAAUAUGGAGUGUUCGAGUGGGAAGCCAGUGAGGGAUCAUGUCCUUGUCAGUGCAUUAGUGACUCCUACUGGUUGGUCGUGGCACCAGGGUGAGAUCUGGGGGAAUAGAAUAACCCUCAGUGCGUGUCAUGCCCUUCCAGUGGAGCCGGCGGGUGAAAAUAUAGACAGGAUUAUCGGAGGAGACACACACGGCAGUCUAAACCCUCACAACGUGUAUUGGGAGACAGCAAUGACGACGACUGCAGUAAAAGGUGAAAUGGACACUAGAAGUACAAAAAAAGACAAUAACUAGUCUAUUUAUUCUCUCAGCACACAGAUUUAAAAAAACUGCAUGUUACAAGACAGAUUUUGCAUUAAAAUGAGUCUUAGAGGGAUAGAUAAAGUUACCGUAGUUUCUGAUGCUUUAUAACCAUUUCUGACCUAAAGCUUGUUUUUCUCAAGUCCAAGGUGUCACUUAUCCUCUCUGCACACAGUUUCACCGUGGCUUACUGUUGCAUGUCUCGAUAUUGCUGCUGUGUACUGCAUCAAGUGGAAAUGUCCCAUCAUUAUCAGCAUAUAGCAGAAGACUGUAAACGUGCAACUAAGUAAUGGGACUUAUGACAAUGUAACAGAAAACACUCCCUCUCUCUGUUUUUAAGUAUUGUUCACAGAAUACUCCACCUUAAGGUCCACAUCUACUGUAUAUGUCUUGCUGAAGAUUGAUAUUAUCCUAAAUCUGUAUGAUGUCUAAAGGACUGAUGUGUGUAUUGUAUUUCUGUAAUUUUAUUGUGGUCUGUUACCACUGUGAACUUGUAAUUAGCUGUCAGUUAAUCUUGAAAUACCUGUGAUUUAAAAAAUAUUGAUCUCAUCACUGUAUAGAUGCUUGUUUUUGCUGAUAAUACCAAGUUUAUCUUGACUCUGGAUACAACUAAACGAUUAGCUUUAAAUAUAAGGGAAUAAAUCUGCACCUUCAUCCUC